GACCUGGGCAGGCUCGGCCCUCCCACCAUGUCCAUGUAGACUGCAGGCUGGCCACACUCUCCUGGGUUGCCGUGGGCACUGCUACUGGAAAGGGUUUGGAAGACCGCUGCGGAGACGGCGCGGACCAUUUGUUUCAUAGCUUAGAUUUUUUUUUUCCUACACUUGCUUCAAUACUUUCAAAGAAGGAGUUGAUCUGUUGAUGCGUGUUCGUGUGGUAAAAUUCAGCUGGCUGGUUUAAACGAGGAAGAUGGGGCUCAUGGGCAUGGUGGUCUGCCUUGUCCUUGGGAUUCUGCUUUCUGGGGGGCCAAUGGGGUCCGUCUCAGCUGUGGACCCUGAAGCAAACAUGAACGUGACUGAACUGAUCACGUACUGGGGAUACACUGGUGAGGAGCACUCAGUCCAGACAGAGGAUGGGUAUAUUCUGAGUCUUCACAGAAUCCCUCAUGGGCGGAAGAAUCAUUCUGACAAAGGUCCCAGACCAGUCGUAUAUCUUCAGCAUGGCUUUCUGGCAGAUUCUAGUAACUGGGUCACGAACAUUGACAACAGCAGCCUGGGUUUCAUUCUGGCCGAUGCUGGUUUUGAUGUGUGGAUGGGGAACAGCAGAGGGAACACCUGGUCUCAGAGACACACGACUCUUUCAGUUUCUCAGAAUGAAUUCUGGGCCUUCAGUUUUGAUGAGAUGGCAAAAUAUGACCUACCUGCUUCAAUUAACUACAUUGUGAAUACAACUGGUCAAGAACAAGUGUUUUAUCUGGGCCACUCUCAAGGAACCACCAUAGGUUUUAUAGCAUUUUCACAGAUACCCGAGCUGGCAAAGAAGAUUAAAAUGUUUUUCGCCAUGGCUCCCGUGGUGUCUCUCAAUUUUGCCAUGAGCCCUCUGGCCAAGAUUGGACAGUUGCCAGACCUUCUUAUUAAGGACUUGUUUGGACACAGACAGUUUUUACCCCAGAACGCAGUGCUGAAAUGGCUGAGUACUCACGUUUGCACCCACGUCAUCAUGAGGGAGCUUUGCACAAAUGUCUUCUUUCUUUUCUGUGGCUUCAAUGAGAAGAAUUUAAACACCUCUAGAGUGGAAGUGUAUACAACACACUGUCCUGCAGGAACGUCUGUGCAAAACGUACUACACUGGGGCCAGGUUGUUAAACACCAGAAGUUUCAAGCUUAUGACUGGGGAAGCAGUGACAAGAAUUAUUUUCAUUAUAACCAGAGUUACCCCCCUCUGUAUGACUUGAGAGAUAUGUCUAUACCCACUGCUUUGUGGAGCGGGGACCGAGACUGGCUGGCAGACACCAGUGAUAUCAACAUCUUACUGACUCAGAUCCCCAACUUGGUGUACCACAAGCACAUUCCUGAGUGGGAACAUCUGGAUUUUCUCUGGGGUUUGGAUGCCCCCUGGAGGAUGUAUAAUGAAAUAGUCAGUCUAUUGAGGAAAUACCAGUGAAAGCCAGACUUGAGGUCACUUUUCUGUGAAGAAGCAUCCUGUGAAGGGACAAACCACUGAUCUUCCAGAAGUGAAUGUGGCUGCAAUGAUGGUGCCUGCAUGAAGCCAAGGCUGGCUGCCUGUGACAAGUGUCCUGCCUCAUUUUCACGCUAAUGAACUGAGUGUUUUCAGUUCAAAGUUCAACUCAGGAAUUCUAUCUUGAAAACCAGUGUUGUAUGCGCAAUCUUGUGUGCAGGAAGCCCACAUCUGUCCCCUUCACCUGCACUGAUGAGUCUAUUGUCAGCCGAAGAGCUGCUUGAUAAGUUUUCUGACCUAGUUAACUUAGAUGCAGCAAUAUUCCUUGAUGUUGGUCCAUACAUGCAGGCGGAAUGAUACAAGUUUGUAACAUUUUAAAGGUUCAUACUUAAAUUUUUCAAUAAAUCUCAGCCUCACAGGCCUGAACAA